AUGCCUUGCAAUCAGAAGCAGCAGGGUAAUUUUAGGCUCUCCAAUUAGUAGAUUGUUCCAUGGUGGUGCCGUGGUAACGGCCUAAUGGGACUUAAUAACCACUCUAGCUGUGUUGGUCCUACUAGUCUUGUUGGAACAUGUUCUGAUUGCAUAGGACGUUUACUACAGAAUCACCUUCUGAAUUUCUUUUUUCAAAAGGCAAUUAAUCUGUUUGUUCCAUGUUUUGUGGAAUACUUGGUUCGUCAUAUCCAUUUCAUAUUCAUCCCUUAGACCUAUUGUGUAUUCUUUAGACCAGGUAUAUUACACCUACCCUUGUACUACAGGUGAACCAUUUAUGUAAGCUCACAAGAUCAGUGUGGUAGUACCAGCCUAUACUACACUAACUGUCAGAUCUAUUUCAAUAUAGGCUACUUGAGAUUGUACCAGUUUCAUGUGAGCAAAAGAAAGGCCUAGCUGUUUCACAUGACACCAGUUGCAACCAUUUGUAUAAAAUGAUCUUUCCAUCUGGUUAACCACCACACCCUGUGCAGUGAGGAAUUCCAGACUGUGUGUGUGUUUUCUUCUUCUCUUCUCCUCUAACCCUCUGUCUCUUCUUCUCUCCUCCUCUCCCCCAGCUAUGGCAGGACCUAGGCCAGUGGUGCUGAGUGGCCCGUCGGGGGCUGGGAAGAGCACGCUGCUCAAAAAGCUGCUCAAGGAGUACGAGGGCAUCUUUGGCUUCAGCGUCUCACGUAAGUGUCCUCUGCUCCAGUCCCAUGUUAACUGUGUAUAAUGUCAGGGAGGUGUCAGUUACAGAAAUAAGAUAUCCAAUUGUGUGCUCUCAUCCCUCAGAUACAACAAGGAGCCCUCGUCCUGGUGAAGAGAAUGGUAAAGGUAGGUAGGGUUUUUAAACUCCCAAGAUAGACAAUCUUGCUACAAAUCCUCCUGCUACAUCUCUUUAAUUAGCUUUAACCACCUAUGCUGUCCCCUGUGUCCUAUUGUUUUCAACAACCAACCUUUUAACAUGAAACUGUUUUGUUGUGUUUCAGAUUAUCAUUAUGUUACAAGGGAGUAUAUGCAGGCCAGCAUCGACAAAGGGGAGUUCAUUGAGAGCGCAGUGUUUUCAGGAAACAUGUACGGGACGAGCAAGGCCUCCGUGCAGGCCGUCAAGGACAAGAACCUGAUCUGCGUCCUGGACAUCGACAUGCAGGGCGUGAGGGCGGUCAAGACGACAGACCUCAACCCCAUCUACGUCUUCAUCCAACCUCCGUCCAUGAACAUCCUGGUGAGAGACGGGCAGCAUUAUAAAACUGUUUACCAGGGCCACUUUUGUCACGUUUUACUUUGAAAGACUUGAUAUACCAUAUUGAAUGUUAUUGUUUAUAAACGUGUAAUAUGGUUAUAAACCUAUAUUAACUCCUCUAUCAGUCUGGGAUUGUGAUCCAAAGCUAAACACCCAUGACUUCAUUAAUCUUCUUCUGUCAUUUGUAAUUUUAGGAGAAACGUUUAAGAGACAGAAAGACUGAGUCAGAGGAGAGCCUCCAGAAACGUUUGCAUGCUGCUCAGGUGGACAUG